CGGCCAUCCGCCCAUCCCUCCCCCCUCCUGCAGUCCUGCCUGCCUUCCCGUUCACUUUCUCCUCCUCGUGAAGCGAGCGCCGCGAUUCCAUUUCCAUCCCAGAACGGCUUCAAAACGGCCGCGGCGCAGAUCCACACACAGUCACACAGACACGGGCAGACAAAACCGCCGCUGGGGUUUUCAAAUCCCGGGGCGGAUUUCCCCGCAGAGAGAAGAGAGAGAGAGAGAGGAGGAAGCCCGGCCACCACUCCUCGCAAAGAUCUCGUCUUCAAAUUCGUCGUCCUGCCUGUGUGCCGGGCCGGUGAGCUGCGAGCAGCUGGGCGUAGCGGGAGGCGGCCAUGGGGAACAGCAUAUACCGGUUCCUGUGCGGCCUGUGCGCGCCCUCGUCGUCGGAGCAGGCGCUCCACGGCGCGCACCCCGCCGUCGCCGCGCUCGGCCGCGACAUCCUCAGCUUCGGAGCCAACUCGCAGGUUCCGGACGAGCUGAGCCGCCACGUCGUCUCCUCCAAGAAAGCGCAGGCGAAUUGGUACAAGAAGCUGCUGGUGGCAUGGAAGAAAGCCCGGCCACCGCCCAAGACGCCGGAGGAAGCCGCGCGCUUCGUUGUGCAGACGCUCAAGAACCAUCAGAAAGCAGACGUCGAGGGCUUCUUGGCUUUCUACGGCCUCCCACACCCAAACGCGGCAGCAGGCGCUCCCGCUGCUCCCGCGCCGCCCAAACCUCAGGGCCCGCCCAAACCUCAGGGUGCCAAGUUCGAGCUGCACACGCUCCCCAUUGACCCCAAGUCCGUUGCUGAUGGUGACACCAUCAACGUGUACGUGGACACGGCCGACCCCCGGGAGUCUGGCAGCGUGCCCCGCGAGGUGCAGAAGGCGGCGGCCGAGCGGGCCAAGGCGCGGGCCGCCAAGAAUUACCAGAAGGCCGACGCCCUGCAGAAGGUCAUAGUGGACGCAGGAUACAGGCCAGUCCCUAACGCCAGAGGCGAAGAGGUGCUCGCCAAGAAGUACAGGAUCAGGCUGAGGGGCAUCGAUGCGCCGGAGAGCGCGAUGCCGUACGGCAAGGAGGCCAAAGAGGCGCUGCUGAAGCUUGUUCAGGGAAAGAGCCUGAAGGUCUACGUGUACGACCAGGACCGGUAUGGUAGAUGCGUCGGAGACAUCUACUGCGACGGCGUAUUCGUGCAGGAGCAAAUGCUGAAGAAGGGGUUUGCAUGGCACUACACCGCCUACGACCAACGCCCGGAGCUGGCCAAGUGGGAGAAACAGGCACAGACUGGCAGGAAGGGCUUGUGGGCGUCGUCGAAGCCACAGAAACCAUGGGAGUGGCGGAAGGACAAGCGCAACGGGACGGCAUGAACACGGAACAGGUUUCUGGGUUCAGUGUAUGUGUGUGUCAUGUACUGUAGACAUGAGCAGCUGAUUUCUUUAUUUGACGUGCAUAUUUUCUUUAGCACAGAGCCGUUAAACUGAGCACCAUCGAUAUCGUAGAUUGUGCAGUGUGCGUAUGUGCAUGUGUAGUGUACACCCGGAAGAUUCGUACAGCAGGGAGCGAUUGGUUACUGAUUGCAAAUUAUAUGGUCAAUACUACGGAGAUUAUUUGUUGCGCAAUCCUAAUAAUAGCAUUAUUGCACCGUUGCUAGCACUGUGAAGUGUAAUAGAGAACUGAAGCCUGUACAACGUGUUGUUGGAAAGACUGGAUGCGUUUGUGCUGUA